GAUUCAAAAGGAUGAGAGAGAGUGAGAAGAUAAGGACAAAGAACGCGCGGGCCAAGCUUUUGUCGCUUUCUUGUGUUGGAUCAGAUCUCGUAACGAAGGAGAGAGUUUAGAUGUAUAUAGUAGCUUCCAUCACCACAUUGAUCACAUCCUUGUUAUCUUCCUCCGCUCCUUCCCCUGCCUUCUUUUCUGGUUACUUUUACCGCUAAAUGAUGGAUGCUGCUACUCUGCCUCUUUGACGCAAACAAGGUGCAUCAAUUAGUCAACUUAGAAAGACAUCUGUUGCAGUUGAGUUCUUGGAUAGCAAAAAGAAGUCAUAAUGAACAAAGCUAAGACAAGUAUCCCACAAAAGGUGAAGCGUUAUGUGGGAAGAUACGAGCUUGGUCGGACAAUCGGGGAAGGAACAUUUGCAAAGGUCAGGUUUGCAAGAAACUCCGAAACAGGGGAACCUGUUGCUAUCAAGAUCCUCGAUAAAGAAAAGGUUCUCAAGCACAAACUGGUUGAACAGAUUAAACGAGAAAUUUCAACUAUGAAGUUGAUAAAUCAUCCAAAUGUUGUUCGUCUGCAUGAGGUAAUGGGCAGUAAAUCAAAGAUCUUUAUUGUUUUGGAAUAUGUUACAGGGGGAGAGCUCUUUGAUAAAAUUUGUUGUUUUCUCGUUAAGUCCAACCAUGGUCGAAUGAGGGAGGAUGAGGCACGGAGAUAUUUUCAGCAACUAGUGAAUGCUGUUGAUUAUUGCCAUAGCAGGGGGGUUUAUCACCGGGAUCUAAAGCUCGAGAACUUGCUACUUGAUGAAUAUGGUAACCUCAAAGUUUCUGAUUUUGGGUUAAGUGCACUAUCUCAACAAAUCAGGGGUGAUGGCUUGCUUCAUACAACUUGUGGAACUCCCAACUACGUGGCUCCUGAGGUCAUUGAAGACAGAGGUUACGAUGGGGCAACUGCAGACUUGUGGUCAUGUGGGGUUAUUCUAUUUGUACUAUUGGCUGGAUAUUUGCCUUUUGAUGAUGAUAAUCUUAUGACUCUGUAUAAAAAGAUAUCAGCUGCUGAGUUUACUUACCCAUCUUGGCUUUCUUUUGAUGCUAUGCGAUUGAUAGCCAGAAUACUUGAUCCUAACCCUGAGACACGAUUAACUGUCCCUGAAAUAUUGGAAGAUGCAUGGUUCAGAAAAGGAUAUAAACCACCUCGUUUUGAAGAAAAACAUCACAUAUGUUUGGAUGACAUCAAUGUGGCUUUCAGAGAUUCGAAAGAUCACCAUGGAGCAGAAAGAACCGAGGAGCAACCACAGCAUAUGAAUGCAUUUGAACUGAUUUCAAUGUCAAAGGGCCUCAAUCUUGGAAAUUUGUUUGACAAAGAUCUGGAACUCAAAAAGGAAACUAGGUUUACAUCAAAGUGUCCAGCUAAAGAAAUCAUUAAAAAGAUUGAAGAAGCUGCAAAGCCUCUUGGCUUCGAUAUUAAGAAGAAAAACUACAAGAUGCGUCUUGAAAAUGUGAAGGCAGGGAGAAAAGGAUAUCUCAAUGUUGCAACAGAGAUAUUCCAAGUGGCCCCUUCUUUGCAUAUGGUUGAGGUACGGAAAGCAAAAGGAGACACUCUGGAAUUCCAGAAGUUCUAUAGGAGUUUGUCUACACAAAUAAAGGAUGUCGUCUGGAAAUCUGAGGAGGAUAUGAACGAUGAUAUACCAAAGUGACGGGGCCUGGAGACUGAAGACCUUCAUUUGGCCUUCUAUCUCAUCUUUGUAUCAUAUAUCCCUGGUUCUUUAAGCAGGCUGCUAGUAACUAAGCCCUCGACUGUUGAGAUGCAAGGGUUCUUUGGUGCCCAUUCUUUUUUUUUUUUUUUGAACAUUCUCUUGUUUUAUAUGCGGGUCAAAUAUGUGAAAGUCAUCUAUCUACUGUUGGAUAGCAUCGCCUGAGUUUGUGAAAGUCAUAUAUCCAUUUUGUUGUGUUUCAGGUGCGGAAAAAAAACUUUCAGAUUAAUUGAGCUCGUGAUCUCACUGGCAUUCUCAUUCUCAA